UAAAGGCGAAUAAAAAACAUUUUUAUAAUAAACAUCUUCAAUUCUCCACAUUAUAUUAAUGCAAUCAACUAAUCCUAAUGAACAAGAAAUUGAAAAUAUUAUACAUGGGCCCCAACAGUUACCACCUUUAUUUAAAGGGCAAAAAAUACAAAGCGGUCCAUACACCGUUAUUGUAACAGAUGAUAUGGUAGCCCAAAGGGAAAGACAAAAUCAAGAAUUAUAUAGAGCUUGGCUCCACGAGCAAAGAAGAAGAGAAAUGGGGGAUGAAGAUUAUAUGGACAAUUUUAAGGAUUCGUUAGUGAGAAGGAAUUUUAUUAAAAAAAUUUUUUGCAUAUUAGCAUUGCAACUUAUAUAUACAACAGCUGUCGUGGCAUUUUUUAUGUUUGUGCCAGUUGCACGAGAGUUUAUGUUAAUUAAUUGGUAUAUUUGGGUAAUAGCUCUAAUACUCUUUACGGUCACGUACUGCGCUAUAGCAUGUUCUGAAUGUGCAAGACGACAAGCACCAAAUAAUUAUAUCUGCCUUUGUUUGCUGACAUUGGCUAUGUCGUAUCUUGCUGCCUUUGUUUCUGUAUUUUAUACUAUUGAAGUGGUUCUUAUAGCGUUAGGCAUGACCACAUUUGUAACUAUCGCAAUUAGUUUUAUAGCUACAUUCACUAAGUUUGAUCUAACCAUGCGAACAGGAUUGAUAACAAUAAUUGGAUUAGUUGGAAUUAUUGCUCUUUUUGUAAUGGUAAUGGUAAUGAUAUUUACAUACAUAAAAACAUUACAUAUGCUAAUAGGCAUCAUAGGAACACUCCUUAUAUCAAUGUAUUUAUUUUUUGACGUACAAACAAUCAUGGGCGGACGAAGAAUAGAAUUAAAUCCAGACGAAGUUGUUUAUGCAACUACUCAAAUUUAUGUUGAUAUCAUUUUAUUAUAUCAAUACAUCCUUAUGUUAGUAGGUUUAUUCCAUGAUUGAUAAAUAUAGAAAAUUAUUAUUGUAUUCUGC